AUGAUGUGUAAAAAUAAAAAUACUGGUCUUUAUGCAGUUGAAAAUUGUAAAGAAAAUGAAAAAGGUCCUGAAUAUGUUACUUUUAGAAAUAUAACUGAUAAAGCAUUCAAUAAGUUAAUGAAUGAAUUAUCUGGUGAAUAUUCUUUGGAUGACAUUAAAAUUAAUAUUACAGAAAAUGGAAUUCUUUUAUCUGAAGAAGAUUUUAGCUUACUGGUUCAAAAAAUUGAAAAUUUGGAAGCAAAGAAAUUGAAAAUAUAUGAAUAA